AUGAUUUCAAACAACGAAAGGCUGGCCGAAGCCAACAGAUCGUACUUGAUGGAUGUGGCAAAGUCAAAAACGAGAGAAGGACAUGACUCAGAAUCAUAUCAGUCAACAACAGAUGAGGAUUAUCAUUUUCUAGACUCAUGGAAGGCAAAUAAACUAAAGAGAAUGAGGAAUAUAUACGGAAAAAGAAGGGAAUAUUUGGAUAAAGGCGCAGGGAAUCUAGAAGUAGUCACAGAUGAAAAGGAACUCAUAAACAUCACAAAAGAUAAUCCCAGAGUGAUAUGUCACUUUUAUGAAGAAGGCUUUGAAAGGUGUAACCUCCUAGAUCGUCUACUAACGUCACUAGCAUCAAGGUUUUUAGACACAAAAUUUGUAAAAAUCAAGGCAAGCAACUCUCCGUUCUUCACAGACAGGAUCGGAAUAAAGAUCCUUCCCACCCUCUUGACACUAAUAGAAGGAAACAUUGCAAAAAUAUACGUGGGAUUCGAAGAGUUUGGAAAAGAUAAUAUCAACCUCAAUAAACUGAGAAGCACGUUGUGUAGAGACAAAUUGUUGACAGAUGAAUGUUGCAUCUUGGAUGGAAACUCGGAAGGAGAAGAAGAAUCCGACCCCAAUAAUUAA